CACGAGUGGCGUGCGUUGGCGGAGGCGCACUGAACGGUCAGCAUUGUAUCGAAUUUUCGGAGUCUGCCAUUUGUUCCUCAGUGAGUGGAUGUCUGUGCGGGAGGGAGAACGUGCUCAUUAAACCACCAAAAUGUCGGGGAACGUGGGGAUGGAACAGCUCAUCCCCAUUGUGAACAAACUCCAAGAUGCCUUCACACAGUUAGGGGUGCAUAUGCAACUGGAUUUGCCCCAAAUCGCUGUUGUGGGAGGACAGUCCGCGGGCAAGUCCUCCGUGCUAGAGAAUUUCGUCGGGAGAAUAUGGCGAGUUCCUGCACAAGAAGGGCGAGAGAUUCACCAACUUCGAUGAGAUCCGCAAGGAGAUCGAGAACGACACCGACCGGAUCACCGGCAACAACAAGGGCAUCUCCAACUUGCCCAUCAACCUCCGCGUCUAUUCGCCCAAUGUGUUGAAUUUAACGCUUAUCGACUUGCCGGGCUUGACCAAAGUGCCCAUUGGUGACCAGCCGGCAGAUAUUGAGCAGCAAAUCCGACAAAUGAUCAUGACCUACAUUGUGAAGGACAGUUGCCUCAUCUUGGCUGUGUCACCUGCCAAUUCUGAUUUGGCUAAUAGUGAUGCACUAAAGUUAUCCAAAGAUGCUGAUCCUGAUGGUAUUCGAACAAUUGGUGUCAUCACAAAGUUAGACUUGAUGGAUGAUGGAACAGAUGCCAGAGAUGUGUUGGAAAACAAACUUCUUCCUCUCCGAAGAGGAUAUGUUGGUGUUGUUAAUCGUUCACAGAAGGAUAUUGAGGGCAAGAAGGACAUCAAAGUUGCAAUGGCAGCUGAGCGCAAGUUCUUUCUGGGCCACCCAGCAUACAGGCACGUUGCAGACCGCAUGGGAACCCCAUACCUGCAGAGAGUACUUAAUCAGCAACUGACCAACCACAUCCGAGAGACACUGCCGGGCCUGCGAGACAAACUACAGAAGCAGCUCCUUGCCAUGGAAAAGGAAGUAGAGCAGUACAAGCACUUCCGCCCAGAUGACCCAGCCAUCAAAACUAAAGCAAUGUUACAAAUGAUCCAACAACUUCAGAAUGACUUUGAGCGCGCAAUUGAAGGAUCAGGAUCUGCUGCCAUAAACACCAAUGAGCUCUCAGGUGGUGCCAGAAUCAACCGCCUCUUCCAUGAACGAUUCCCGUAUGAAAUUGUGCGAAUGGAAUUCGACGAGAAAGAACUUAGAAGAGAGAUUGCCUUUGCCAUCCGAAACAUUCAUGGUAUUCGAGUAGGCCUGUUUACCCCUGAUAUGGCAUUCGAUGCCAUUGUUAAGACCCAGAUAAGUAGGCUGAAAGAACCAAGUUUGAAAUGUGUUGACUUGGUUGUGCAAGAACUCACCAAUGUGGUCAGGAACUGUGCUAAUAAGAUGUCCCGGUAUCCAAGACUUCAGGAGGAAACAGAACGAAUCAUAACACAACAUAUCAGAGAGCGUGAACAGCUUUGCAAGGAGCACAUUCUUCUCCUGAAUGACUGCGAACUUGCAUACAUGAACACCAACCACGAGGACUUCAUCGGUUUUGCCAAGGCAAAUCAAACAGCAAACCAAACUGCCCAGCAGUCUUCAGAGACAUCCAGCAAGUCUGGACGCAAACUGGGGAACCAGGUGAUCCGAAAAGGCUAUAUGUCCAUCUCCAACCUGGGCUUCAUGAAGGGAGGUUCCCGGGACUACUGGUUUGUUCUCACAUCUGAGUCUUUGUCCUGGUACAAGGAUGAGGAUGAGAGAGAUAAGAAGUAUAUGCUCAUGCUUGAUGGCCUGAAGUUGAAGGACAUUGAGCAGGGCUUCAUGUCACGACGCCAUGUCUUUGCUCUCUAUAACCCAGAUCAGCGUAAUGUUUACAAGAAUCCAUCUGCUUCUGCUUCAUACAGUUCAAGACCGGGAAGUAUUUAUAAGGAUUACAAGGAACUACAGUUAGGUGUGGAAACUCAGGAUGACAUGGACUCUUGGAAGGCUUCAUUCCUCCGAGCUGGUGUAUACCCAGAGAAGGUGUCCGACACAAGCAAUGGAGAGGAGGGAGAGUCUGGCAGUGAGAUGUCAACAUCGAUGGAUCCUCAACUAGAGCGUCAAGUCGAGACAAUUAGGAACUUGGUAGAUUCUUACAUGAAAAUUGUCACCAAGACAACACGGGACUUAGUACCAAAGGCUCUCAUGCACCUGAUGAUCAACAAUUCCAAAGAGUUCAUCAUGGGUGAACUUCUAGCUCACCUCUAUGCUUGUGGAGAUCAGAAUGCCAUGAUGGAAGAGAGCCCAGAGGAGGCUCGAAAGCGUGAGGAGAUGCUGCGAAUGUACCAUGCUUGCAAAGAGGCUCUCAGAGUAAUUGGAGACGUUUCCAUGGCCACAGUCAGCACACCAAUGCCACCCCCUGUCAAGGAUGACUGGCUUGCAACUGGUCAGGAGAGUCCAAGGAUUGGGCAGACUGGCCCUCCUUCACCUGGAGCCAACAUUAGAAGAGGACCUCCUCCUGCAGUGUCUAGAGCUCCUCCCCCAGUUCCAGGGGGUAGCCGCCCUGCCCCAGCCAUCCCUUCACGUCCCACUCCAGCCCCACCAGCACGUCAGGGGGGAAAUGCGGGUGGACUUCCCCCUCCCCUCAUCCCAUCACGGCCAGUUCCCAUCAUACCUCCAAGAUUACCCGACCGACCCCAGCUGCCCCAGCGACCUCAGUAAAGAAAUGGAAUGGAUGAAAACGGAGCCAGUAGGAACUUUUUUUUUUUUCUCUUGCUCUUAAGCAUAAUCCCCACCAUGAUAUAGGGCCCGACAUGUUCAUGGUGCUACAUCUUAUAAUGACAGAAAGCUGACAGUAUUGACACUGGCAGUUCUAGAGGCUCAAAAAUCCUCAGAAGAUGCAUGUGGAGGUGACUAGGAAACUGUUUAUUGAUAUGGAAAGAUAAAAAAAAAAAAAAAUCAAAUGCUUUCAUUGUCACUGAAUGUUGUGAUUGCAAAUUGCUCACAAAUGUUAUGAUGAAAUAGUUAUGUCUGUGUAGAUUUAUUAAACAUUUAUAUUUGUGAAUUAUAAUAGUACAUCAUAUGUGGAUAAUAUUUAUUGCUGAGGCUUUUCCUCCUUGCCAAUUUUUAACUCCUAUUAUUAAAUACUAGUAUAAUAAGAGUGGGCAAUUUGAUUCACAAGUCUUUGUUGUUAAUGUAAACUCUGUAAGAUGUAGCAGUAGCUACUCUCACUUAACAGAGUGGUGCUUUACUGAAAAGUAUAUAUUUUCUUUCUCAAAGGCAUGACAUUGGAAGCAAAAAGGACUGAAAACCUCAGAGCAUAGCCAAAGGACACAUUUAGUUUGUGUAUAUAUAAUGCAUUUUUCUGCUGAUGAUAUAUUGUUAACAUGGUUCCAGAAAUUAUAGUGAAAAAAGGAAUCGAUGACAAAUACACAUACAGACUAGAAAAGGUCUGUUUAGAAAAAUUUGGUAUAAAUUACAAAGGUAUUUUAUGUGGAUUAUUUGUAUUCUUUGAUUGUAGGUUUAUAUUUUUUAUAUUAUAGCUACAUUAUUUUUGUUGCAUGACAUAUCCCUCCAGUGUAAUGUUUCCUUCACUCAGAAAAUAGUAUAAAAAUAGACUGGCCAGUAUCACUGACCGUUUGACUGUCUGCAUUUAAUGUCAAAUCUAAAAUCUUAAUAAUGUUUAAUUAAGAAAGAAGUGUGGGAGCAUUUUGAAGAUAGGCUGGAAUGUCAUUGCAUUACAUCUGCCAGAAAUGGUAGAAGAGCCAUAUUAUCUGGUCAUCAUGGAACUAAUUGUAACACAUGGAUUAUCUGCUCAGUAAUACUUAGCAGCUGGUGUUUCUAGUUGAAGUCUUGCAUGUAAGCACAUUUUCAUACACAUUGGUUGCCGAAGAGGAUAGUCCGCAAGUCUGGUGGUAUUAUACUGAAGAUCCAUCACAACUAAACAUUCUGUGAUAUUCCGGUUUAGGGUCUUAAUCAAAGAUAUUACCCUUUCUAUUUUCAGGCUAUUUAACAGUGUGUAAUAACAGUGAACAUUUUAUAAACAUUAGAUUUAUUAUUUCUGUAUCCAAAUUAAUGUGCAAGUUCAUCUACUCACUUCAGCAAAACAUGCAUAUAUACACACAUGAACAUGCACACUCACACAUCCAUUCAGAAGUAGUUAGAUGUGUGUAGUCUUGUAUGUAUGACUAGGGUAUACAUACAAAAUGUUAGAGGCAAAUUAAGAUAUUUUGUAAAUUUGUUGAGCGGCUUGUACAUUCUGUAUUCAAGCAAUAUUGUAUAUAUGUAUAUUAAGAAGUUACCAAAUGUUUAAACCAUUGAAGCAAUUUUGAGAUUGUCCUGUUUAUUGAAUUUCCUAUCCCUUUUUAGUUUAUUAGGCUGAAGCUAGUCAUAUACUUGUGAAAUGUAGUUUCAGUCUUGAACAGUAGAAUUUUCCAUUCUUUGUCACCCUCUUAAUUUAAUUUUUUUUUUUGUGAUAGCAUACACCUGAAAAUGGAUUCAUGUAUAUUGUUCUGGAUGAGUUGCCCCAAUAUUAUAUAUAUUAAUAACAGUUGGAUUAUAAUUUAUUAUAUUAUAUAUUUUUUGUUGAUUCCAUUAUUUUUGUUGUAAUUUUCAUUCAAGUAUUAUUAUUAUUAUUUUAUUUAUUUAUUAUUAUUUUUUUUUCUUAUCAUUAGAAUGAAGGUUAUUUGCUUUUGUUCUUGUCAUUGAGAGGUUAUGGUUCAGCACUUGUUAACCUGUUGAAAAAGUGUGUUUGAUUUAACAUGAGUGAAAUGAUUUGAAGCUGGUGGGAUACUGAAUAUGGAAUUUAUUAUAUUAUAUUUUAUCAUUUCAUUUACCUUUCUUCGCUGCUCUCCUUAUGGAGUUUUGACUGUUUACUAAUACGAAGCAGAUAUACCUCAUCUACAAAAUGCAAAUGUGAGUUAUAGAGUACAUUUGUGACGAGCCUUCCUUGCUGUCUGUUUUUACACAUUCAGAACCCAAGCAUGACACUGGACAUUAUUAAUUUCUCAAGAAACUAGUCUUGGAAGCAUCACACUGCAAAGCAGUCCUGUCUUGGAGGUUCAGGUGUGUCUUAGCAGUAAAUCAAAGAGCCUUAUGCUUCUUGCACUUCAUCAGCAUUGAGAUAUAUUUCAGUCAUUUCCAUCAAAGAUACAGAUUUUAUUUAACAUUCCAUUCUCUUCUGUCACAUGGCCAGCCAGCUAUCAUUCCACUUGCAAGCUGAGUCAUCACUCAUCUUCAUCACCAUUGUAUUGUCAUAAGUUAUUGUACCUUGAUAAGUUACCCCUGUGUUCGGUUUCAUGUGUUAACACUAAAAAAAAAAAAAAAAAAGACUUGACUGUGUACUUGCACUUUACUGAUUGCCAUGGAUAAGAGAAUGUUAUUGUAUAUUGCAUAACACUAGUCAAGCUUUGAUUUUAACAAUAUUUGGUGUAAACAAUAUGUUUGUAUUCAAGAGAUUUGAUUCAAUAUCUACAUUCAAAUGGAAGCCUGAUAUCAGAAAGCAAUAUGUCAUAUAUACAGUUCAAUUUGAAUUAUAGUUUAUAUGGUUGAUAUCCAGGUAACUCAUUCUCUCCUUUAUAUUUUCUUUCUUUCUAUCUCUUGGUCUUGCUACCUCUUUCACUCUAUUUCUUGUUAUCUUCCCCAUUCCCUCUCCCUUCCUUGUUUGUUCUUUCUUUUUUCUCUUACCUCCUCCUCCCUCCCACAUUUUGUAUGAUGUCCAGUGACUGGAAAUAAAAUGAAAUGUAAAUUA